AUGCCGCCCGCUACCACCUCCCCACUCGCGCAGCACCGCCUUGCCCUCUACGGGUCGGCAUCCCUCGUCGCCACGUCCGCCGUGGUAAUGCGAGCCUUCAAAGAGCGUGCAAACUUCUAUGCCGCUACCGUCUGGCUAGGCAGGAGCAAUGGCUGCAUCCUCGUCCUCGUCAACUUCGGCAUAUUCUGCACCAUUCUGUUCGGCAAGUUCUGCCAGGCCGUGUUCUUUGGGCAGCUCAGGCCGAUUGAGGUCGAGCAUUUGUACGAGCGCAGCUGGUAUGCGGUGACGGAGACGCUGUUGGCCAUGACGAUCUUCAGGGAUCAAUUUGACGCCUCCUUCAUCAUCCUCUUCGGCACGCUCCUCUUCCUCAAAGUUUUCCACUGGCUCUGCGCCGAUCGCGUCGAGCUAAUGGAACAGUCGCCUAGCCUCUCCCGUCUCUUCCACGCACGCAUGGUCUCCGUCUUGUGGACCUUGUUCUGCCUGGACCUCUUCCUCGUCGCAUUCGCCAUCGAGGUGCUGAUACUGGAGCAGCAACGAAUGGGGAUCAUGAUCAUGUUCGCCAGCGAGUUCACGAUCCUCACCGCGACGCUUUGGAGCACCAUCGCAAAGUAUGUCCUCAACUGCGUGGAUCUGAGGAGCGACGAGCCCUGGGAGGGCAAGUCGAUGUACGUCUCUGCGGUGGACCUCGUGACGGACUUCCUCAAGUUGGCGACGUACCUCUGCUUCUUCUCCCUCAUUCUGACGUACUACGGCCUGCCCCUCAACAUCGUGAGGGACGUUUACGUCACGGGGCGCUCCUUCUUUGGACGCAUUCGAGACCUCCUGCGUUACCGUGCUGCCACUCGCAACAUGGACACGCGCUUCCCUAAUGCUACGGCCGAGGAUCUCGCCAGGACGGAUGCAACGUGUAUCAUUUGCAGAGACGAGAUGGUGGCGCGUGGCGAGGGCGAAUUUACGCCGCCUGGUGCUGUCAAUGACACGCCGAAGAAGCUGGCGUGUGGGCACGUGUUCCAUUUCAACUGUCUGCGCUCCUGGUUGGAACGACAGCAGAGCUGCCCGACU